AUGUGCCCUGCGCCCUACCUGACUCCCCCCUGCACUGCCCUGACUCCCCCCUGCACGGCUCUGACUCCCCCCUGCACGGCCCUGACUCCCCCCUGCACUGCCCUGACUCCCCCCUGCACAGACCUGACUCCCCCCUGCACUGCCCUGACUCCCCCCUGCACAGACCUGACUCCCCCCUGCACUGCCCCUGACUCCCCCCUGCACAGACCUGACUCCCCCCUGCACUGCCCUGACUCCCCCCUGCACAGACCUGACUCCCCCCUGCACAGACCUGACUCCCCCCUGCACAGACCUGACUCCCCCCUGCACUGCCCUGACUCCCCCCUGCACGGCCCUGACUCCCCCCUGCACAGACCUGACUCCCCCCUGCACUGCCCUGACUCCCCCCUGCACGGCUCUGACUCCCCCCUGCACUGCCCUGACUCCCCCCUGCACGGCUCUGACUCCCCCCUGCACUGCCCUGACUCCCCCCUGCACAGACCUGACUCCCCCCUGCACUGCCCUGACUCCCCCCUGCACGGCUCUGACUCCCCCCUGCACUGCCCUGACUCCCCCCUGCACUGCCCUGACUCCCCCCUGCACGGCCCCGACUCCCCCCUGCACGGCCCUGACUCCCCCCUGCACAGACCUGACUCCCCCCUGCACUGCCCUGACUCCCCCCUGCACGGCUCUGACUCCCCCCUGCACUGCCCUGACUCCCCCCUGCACUGCCCUGACUCCCCCCUGGACUGCCCUGACUCCCCCCUGCACUGCCCUGACUCCCCCCUGCACUGCCCUGACUCCCCCCUGCACUGCCCUGACUCCCCCCUGCACGGCCCUGACUCCCCCUGCACUGCCCUGACUCCCCCCUGCACUGCCCUGACUCCCCCCUGCACGGCCCCGACUCCCCCCUGCACGGCUCUGACUCCCCCCUGCACAGACUUGACUCCCCCCUGCACGGCCCCGACUCCCCCCUGCACGGCCCUGACUUCCCCCUGCACAGACCUGACUCCCCCCUGCACUGCCCUGACUCCCCCCUGCACGGCUCUGACUCCCCCCUGCACUGCCCUGACUCCCCCCUGCACUGCCCUGACUCCCCCCUGCACUGCCCUGACUCCCCCCUGCACUGCCUUGACUCCCCCCUGCACUGCCUUGACUCCCCCCUGCACUGCCCUGACUCCCCCCUGCACUGCCUUGACUCCCCCCUGCACGGCUCUGACUCCCCCCUGCACUGCCCUGACUCCCCCCUGCACGGCUCUGACUCCCCCCUGCACUGCCCUGACUCCCCCCUGCACAGACCUGACUCCCCCCUGCACAGACCUGACUCCCCCCCUGCUUUCAAUUCAUUCCAACAGUUUUCUCAGCUCUAGCUUUAUGGCUGCUUCCAGUUUCACCAUACUUGAGCGUCUGCUUCAGCCUAAACUCCAGCCACAAACAACAAUGUUCCGUGUGACCUUGAGUCGUGUUUGUGGUUUUUUGACCAAACCCAGAUCUGCAGCAGCAACGGUGAGGUCAGAGAGCCACGAUGUGUCCUCCGCUGCAGACCUGUCCAGACCCAUGUACUGGGACAGGAGGGAGGUCCCUCUCCCGGACCGUCCCUUCAGAGACAAACUGACCUCUGCCGACCUGACCCUGAAGCAGAAGGAGCAGGACAGCUGGAAACUGCUGAGUCAGGAGGAGAAGCUAGCACGUAAGCUAACAUGCUGA